AAUCACAGUCCUCAACUCUACUUCAAUUUGGAGGCUCCAAACACAAACAGCACAAUUUUCCCGCUGCCAGUGCUCUCUCCGUCCGCCGCUUCCAGGACGCUCUCCCUCCGCCGCUUCCAGGACGCUCUCCCUCCGCCGCCGCCUCUGCUCUCUCCGUUCACCUCCGCCGUAGGGCUUUCGAUUCCCAAAUCCAAGUAUUUCAACAUUCCACUUCACAAUUCUCCUCGCAAUGAUUAACGCUACGACAGUUGCAGCAGCAAACAAAGAGUUAUCUUGUGUUCUUGCAGUCAAACCCAAAGCUGCCGCACCUUCAAAUACACGCGGGUGCCAGUUUAACCGCUUAUUCUAUAAGCUUCCUUCUCUAGCUGUGUCUGCCACAAGUAAAAGCUCCCUAGUUUCUAUGUCCAUGAAAAGUGAUGGGUCUGGAGGGCUUACUUACAAGGAGGCCGGUGUGGAUAUAGAUGCUGGGACUGAGCUUGUGAGGAGAAUUGCUAAGAUGGCUCCUGGUAUUGGUGGAUUUGGUGGUCUUUUCCCACUUGGGGAUUCAUAUCUUGUUGCUGGCACGGAUGGUGUCGGAACUAAACUUAAACUCGCUUUUGAAACUGGAAUUCAUGACACCAUAGGGAUUGACUUGGUCGCCAUGAGUGUCAAUGAUAUUGUUACUUCUGGUGCAAAACCAUUGUUUUUCCUUGAUUACUUUGCUACAAGUCGUCUUGAUGUGGACCUUGCUGAAAAGGUUAUAAAAGGCAUUGUUGUUGGUUGUCAGCAAUCCGACUGCACUCUUUUAGGUGGAGAGACUGCAGAGAUGCCAGAUUUCUAUGCCAAUGGUGAGUAUGAUCUUAGUGGUUUUGCAGUUGGCAUUGUUAAGAAGGAGUCAGUUAUUGAUGGGAAAAACAUUUUGGCUGGGGAUGUUAUCAUUGGUUUGCCAUCUAGCGGAGUACAUUCUAAUGGCUUCUCCCUUGUCAGAAGGGUUCUAGCGCAAAGUGGUCUUUCUUUGACAGACCAACUUCCAGGUGAAGGCAUUACAGUAGGGGAAGCUCUUAUCGCCCCAACUGUGAUAUAUGUCAAGCAGGUGCUUGAAUUAAUUAAUAAGGGAGGUGUAAAGGGCAUAGCACACAUAACCGGAGGUGGUUUUACGGAUAAUAUACCUCGAGUUUUUCCAAAAGGGCUUGGAGCUGUUAUUUAUAAUAACUCCUGGAAAGUCCCAACAGUCUUCAAAUGGAUCCAAGAGGCUGGAAAAAUAGAAGAUGCUGAGAUGAGGCGGACAUUUAACAUGGGCAUUGGCAUGGUUCUGAUCGUUACAGAGGAAGCAUCACACAGAAUUCUACAAGAUGAACAUUAUAAAGCAUAUCGCAUUGGUGAAGUAGUGAGCCAGGAAGGAGUGAGCUACCAAUAAAAUAUUUAAUAUUGAUCCCUUCAAAUGUGUUUCUGAAAACGAGAAAUAGGCCUGAGAUUUGCUGUUAUAGUAACUUGGAUCGUUGUAUCCCUUUCCAACUUCUUAUUGUACCACAAGCCGCAAUUUUGUAAUUUUUCCAUAAGAAGUGGAUUUCGUUUGGUCCUGAGUGAAA